CCUUUUCCAUUGCAAGUCCAGGUAAUCCACUGUAGGCCACCAUGCAGGGCGCUCAGAUCGAAUUAACAGACAUUCAACAGUUCUACAAGAACGAAACUGUGCUCUUGACGGGCGGCACUGGCUUCAUAGGAAAGUUGCUGCUGGAGAAGAUUCUAAGGGCGCUACCCAUCAAGAAAGUGUUCCUGCUGAUCCGCUCGAAGAAGAAUGCAGAGCCUGCGACUAGACUCCAAACGAUUUUCGCGUCUCCAAUUUUCCAAGUGCUAAAGCGCAGCCACCCGGAUGUAUUCAGCAAGGUGGAAGCUGUGCACGGCGACUGCGGACUGCCCAUGCUGGGAAUGUCGCAGCAGAACGUGGAGAGGCUGCAGGAAGAAGUAAGUGUAAUUUUCCACUGCGCGGCCAAUGUGCGCUUUGAGGAACCCAUCAAGUCGGCCACCUUCUUGAACGUGAGAGCCACCAAGGACCUGAUAUACAUUGCAAGGAAACUGAAGAAAAUCAAGGCGUUUGUCUACGUAGGAACCGCCUACUCCAACUCAAACCGGAAGGAAAUCAAAGAGCAAGUCUAUCCGGCGAAGAUUUCCGCAGAAAACCUGAUCGGGGCCUGCGAGGCCCUUGACGAAGCCACCCUUGCCAGCAUCAACCCAACAUUAAUCGCUGAUUGGCCCAACAACUACACGUUCACCAAACAAGUGGCUGAAGACUACAUCAGUAGAGAGGCGCAAGAUAUUCCCAUCUGCAUCUGCAGACCAUCUGUAGUGAUGGCAACGGCCGAAGAACCACUUGCCGCCUUCUUCGACAGUCCCUACUCGCUGGGCGCCUUUUCAGUCGUGAACGCUUUGGGGAUAUGUCGAAUCUCGUACUUUAAAAGGGGCGUUGUCGAUCUGAUACCGGCCGACUAUCUGGUGAACGAGUGCAUUGCCGCUGGUUGGCACACGGCGGGAAACUUCAAAAAUCCGAGAACAGAAAUCCCCGUUUACCACAUGUGCAGCAGUCCGGAAAACCCCAUGCAACUAGAGGAUAUAUUCUGGUAUGGACACUGUGCUACCCAGAUAAUUCCUUUGUCCAAAUCGCUCAUGUACCCGCUGUUCUUCUUCACUACUUGCAAGCCCAACUACCUGCUCUGGCGGUUCAUCUUGCACACACUGCUGGCCUUUUUCGUCGAUAUGUUCGUGCAACUGAAAGGCCAAACGCCCAAAUUGGGAGCAGCGAUGAAGAAGCUGCACAGGGUCCAAGACUCUUACGAGUACUUCACCACCCACUCGUUCUACUUCCACAUCGAGAACCGCCACAAGAUGCUGAAGAAAAUGUCCUUCAAGGACAGGGAAAUGUUCAAUUUCAACAUCAAAGAGCUGAACUGGCACGACUACUUUGUCCAGCAGAUGAGGGGACUGCGAAUUUACAUUGCAAAGGAUCCAAUCAGCACCGUGCCCGCGGCCAUCAAGCGGAACAAGCGCUUGAGGAACAUUUUCGUCCUCAGCUUUAUAGCGAUCACCAUUCUGGCAUACGGCUUGGGGAAGAUUCUGCUUUUUCGGCUCUUGCCUUGGGUUUUGGCCGGCGCUGCUUACUUUUUGCGCAUGAUGGUUUGUUGAUGGAUUCUAGAUAUGGGGGUGAUGGGUAAUGAAAAGGUCCAGACCGAUAAAAAAAAAAUACACAGUUUUGAAUUG